CGGCGGGGGGGGGAGGGGGGUGUAGGUAACCAUGGAGGUAGAAUUUAUGGAGUCGACACGGCCCGCUAAUCCCUUUCAUUGAGGUGAAGCCGACGAACUGUCAAACUUACAGCUAAAAGAUAUGGGUUGGUGAGCCUGGCCGAGCCCAUUAAGAGGGAGCCUGACCUGACAACACCUGACAUCUGCCCGUAAAAAUGACAGCUCGGGUGGAUGAUGUCGACUCCACCAAUUCUACCUCCAUGCAGGUAACCCAGCACCCAGCACCAGCCACGCCUCCACCAGAUCAGGUAAUCUUCAAGAGAUGCUGAAAAUCCUGGAACUGUACAGUGGGAUAGGAGGCAUGCAGGCAGCAGCCCAAGAGAGUGGGCUGCCCUUCCAAGUAGUGGCGUCCUAUGAGAUCAAUCCCUCAGCCAUGGAUGUGUACUGCAAGAACUUCCCUGGCAGUAGCAAGCCACAUAACAUCCUGGGACUUUCCUUGGAAGAGCUGACCAGACUUCAUCCAGACAUCAUCAUGAUGAGCCCACCCUGCCAGCCAUUCACAAGGCAGGGUUUGAAGCGAGAUGCGGAGGAUGCACGGUCCUCGUCAUUCCUGCACCUGGUGGACCUUCUGCGAAGAGUCCCGCAGCCCCCCAGAAUGAUCCUGCUGGAGAAUGUGGCAGGCUAUGAGACCUCCCAGACCAGAGAGCAGCUGGUGGACAUGCUCCUCCAUAGGGGUUAUGCUUGGCAGGAAUUCCUGUUAUCCCCUACCCAGUUUGGAGUCCCCAACUCUCGCUUGAGGUACUACAUGUUGGCAAAGCUGUCUGAGGAGCCAUUCACUUUUACCACGAGCCCGGAGGUGCUGACUGAGUUUCCAUACUGCCUUUGUGUACAAAGUCAAGCAUUCCUUGAGUCACUCGGUGAACCCUGCUGUCGGUGCUCUAGACCUGUUAAGCCGUCACUUCAAUUGCUUCACCAUAAGUUUCAUUCUUACCAUCAUGGAAGUUCUCCAACAAACAACUUAUCAUCUGAACUUCCAUCGCUCUCCAGUUAUCUCGAUACUGAGAUUGACCUUGAUGGUUUCUUGUUGUCAGAUAAAGUUUUAAAAAGGUAUUAUAUGUUAUUAGACAUUGUUACUUGUAAGUCUCAAAGGUCUUGUUGUUUUACUAAGGGUUAUGCACAUUAUGUUGAGGGAACAGGAUCUGUUGUGCAGCACAAUACUCAGGCUGACAUGUCAGAGAUCUACUCAAAAGUACAGACAUUAAGUGAAGACGACCCACUGAGAAUAGAGUUGUUGCAUCAGCUUCAGUUGAGGUAUUUCACUCCUGAAGAGGUGACUAGACUAAUGUGCUUCCCACCCUGGUUCACCUUCCCUCCCACAACAACAAAGAAACAGAGGUACAAACUGCUAGGGAACAGCAUAAAUGUCUUAGUUGUUGCUUCUCUUCUAAUAGCCUUAGUUGAAAAUAAAUAAGAUAUCUACAA